AUGACUAUGGGCCCUGCUCGCGACGCUGGUUCGCCGCCCGCAUAUCUACCCUCAGCAGACAUCUACGAAUCCAGCUCAAGCAACACUCUUAACCUUUCUGACGCAGGCGUCAUCGCUUCCGACUACAGUGGGCUUCUUAAUGAAUCUAUCAGCGGAAGCUCUCUCUGUUCCAACGAUUACGACUAUCCCGCCAAAGGCAUCCCGCCGUAUCCGGAGACCUCUAUCCGUCUUGAUCUUCGAAGACUUUCACCUCUGGCUCACAACAUUCUUGGAUCUCCGAAGUUACAGUCUGAUGACCCGCCGGUACUCGUUACAAGCCCACGACCUUCGUACAUCAAAACGAUACCCAAGCUCUCAGAGAUUGACCAUGUAGAGCUUUGGACGAACGCCAUGACACCCCAGGCUCCUCCGGGUCUGGAACGCACCGUUGAUCCAAAGGAAGAAGAAGACUGGAUUCCGGAAGGCUCCCUGUAUAAUCCCAAAGCCCUGUGGUCCAAGUUACGGCAAGGUCGUGCGCGUCUAUCCGUCUCAAGUCAACCGGUCUGGUCUCGCAGUCCGACUCCCUCUACGUCUUUGGACAGUACAUCGGCAGCUCGCAGUUCACUACAGCCGCCUUCCCGCUCUGCUUACCGGUCUGCCUCGUACGACGAUCUACAACGCUUCCGUGAGGUGCUGGAACGUGAUCCUACCAUUGUCGAUGCGCCCGAGUCGCGUCCCCGCCGAUGGUCUCUCAGUUCUCCUGGUCGCGCCAACUUCGCUUCUCGCAGUCACAAGACAAAGAACCCCAGCAUAUCUAUAUCCGAUGGUCAGACUUCCAGCCAUGGAACGGAUGAUUACUCAAUGCAAAACAUACCCAAGAUCAAGCUCUCGACUUCCGAUAAUACACUCGCGAUCUCAAUUCCGUCGUCUGCGCCAUCGUCUGGUUCUGGCCGCCCGGAUUCUGAUCGUGCGGAAGUGAUGGCUGAUCUGACGUCUUUCUCUCUCGCCGCUCGCCGAGGGAGGACCGUACCGAAACCGCUGGCACUCAAUCAGGUCGUUGACGAUGUUGCGCCAGAGGCAUACCCUGAUCUCCCUACUGCAUUCAUGUUCUCGCCGACGACUGGGACCUCAGAUGCCAACCGCUUCUCGACAACGGAUCUCAUUCUCUCCCAGGUUUCAACGGGUAUGGACACUAGCGAUAUGAUCAAGCAACUCCAGGCAGUGGCUUCAGAACUCAAGCCUACGACUCCAGUGGACGUAGUACACUACGUUUCUACCAACCCUAUCAUCAGCGUCGACAGUGCGGAAAGUCAAUCGGAUGACUCGUCGGCUUCCGUCUCUUCGCACAACUCUUUUGACGGCUUGGAUACUUCACGCGCUUCAAGGGCCCUGUCUAUUGCGUCGGAGGACGAAUGGGCCUUCGCGCGCGACUUGAUGGAAAGCAAUGGCGAUCCCCUGCCACCCAAGUCUCCCAAGAAGGAUGAGGUCGUGCCUCCUGUACCUGUCAUUCCCGCCGAGCUCAAGGUUUCCACUCCCGCCGCGUCUUCAUCUUUGCCAGUCUCUGCCAGUGGCUCUGCGUCAAAGCUUCUCAAACCGGUCGUACGAACCGGAAUACCGAAGGCGCUGGUUCCUGGUACCACCUCUGGUCCCGGGACCGAACCCUCUGCUCGCACAUCGUCCGACAAACCAACCGGUAUACAGUUGCCCUCCCGCCGCGUCGUAUCUCCGAUCUCGACUGCUGCGACGGACAAGUCCACCGGUAUACAGCUCCCGUCCCGCCGCGUCGCUUCGCCAACUCAGAUUGCAUCGACAAACCCGGCUGAAGCUUCCCUCGACUCGACGCCACGGUCGUCGGCACCUGCUCCCAAGAAGGAUACAGUCUCUCGCAAACCCGUGCCUCAUCAUCUACCCACACGGGCAUCCAACGCGUCAUCUACUGUGCGAUCUCUAACGUCGGGUGUGCCUGCUUCUCGUCGAUCCUCUGGCGCUACGCCCACGUCAAUGAAGACGCCUUCUCCGGCUGUCUCAAGCACAGUUGUCACUGUCAAGGCGACGCGGCCCAUCUCACGCAUCACGUCUCCGGAACCGGUCCAUACAAAGGCAACGAUUGUACCCGCUCCCCGACGACAAGCCGGCGCUACGCCCACAUCCUCCAAGGGAUCAUCUCGCCCGAUUGUGGCUUCAGGCGCCGUGGCCAAGUCUGCCGCGCGGACAAGUUCAACUUCGGUGGCUCAGACAACUCCAGCCGCACCUCGGCGCGUUACGCCUCCCGCACGAAAGGAAACUCCGAAACCUACUGUGGCGACGCCUGUGAACCCGCCAGCGGCAGAGGGGAUCACUUCCUUUGCGCCUAUAAGCGCUCUCACGGCCCGACCUCCGACACCACCUCUUGCCCGUACGAUCAAUGCCAGUAUCUCCGACUCUGUGGGCAUGUCUAUCUUGACGCCAAGUACGGAAGAUCUCGCCGGCUCUUUGAGGCCUCUUCGUGGCAUACUGAAGCAACGCAAGAAGGUCUGGUGGGACGAUGACCCGAAUAACGUCCCAAGCCUCGUAGCCGUCGAGACACCUUCUCCCGAGCGGACGGACUCGACGCCUGGUCCAGAGACGCCUUCAUCUCCAUUGUCACUACGCCGCAACCGAGCUCAGAGCGUCAUGUUGCUCGCAGCAUCUGUAGGUUCCCCGACAGUCAGCGAAGACGCUCGUCGGCGUUCAUUCGCAGGUGCUCCAUCCAAAUCGGACAGCGCACUUGAUACAACGAGUGAGAGGCGCACGCGACGCGCAUUUUCAUUCAGCCGCUCGAGUGCGGGGGACAAAGAAGCAGCGGAUAAGGAGAACAAAUCUAGGUUCUCGCUUCUUGGGGGCGGAGCUGGAGCAUCCAGCAAGCGGGCGAGCCAGGUUUCCGCAGACGGUGGAAAGAAGUCGUCAAUCUUGUCGCUCUUCGGGAAGUUGCGCGUAUAA